AUGCCCUUAUUAUGGUGGCAGGCACACGCAAAAGAGUUUCCAACAUUAGCAUGUAUAGCGAGAGAUUUUUUAUCAAUCCAAGUGACCAGUGUAGCUUGCGAACAAGCAUUUUCAGUAGCUGCGCAUACCAUAUCACAUACCCGAAACCGUCUCAAUCCAGAAACCUCAAAAGCAUCUUUGUGCACUAAAAGCUGGAUUGAAAAUGGAAUUGUUAUAAAAACACCAGCUGAAUCUGAUUAA